AUGGCCAGCAAUAGCAUCAACGACAGCAAUGGUAGCCGCACAGAGAGAGCAAACGGAUACCAUCCCCCACAAGGCAGCACCAACGGACCCCUCACAAUCCUCAUCGCCGGAGCAGGAAUCGGAGGCCUCACAGCAGCCCUAGCCCUUCGACAACAAGGCCACAUUGUAAAAAUCUACGAACAAUCUCGGUUCGCCGCAGAGCUCGGCGCAGCCGUUCAUCUGGCACCCAACUGCAAUGGCGUUCUCCGCCGCUUGGGAAUCUUCGCGGAGAAAUUCGGUUCAAACCCAAUGAACAGGUUGACCGAAGCAGAUGACCAAGGCAACGUCGUGAGAAGUCCGGAUCUGAGGGAGGCGAACAAGAUCUGGCAGCAUCCGUGGCAUUUGGCGCAUAGAGUGCACCUUCACGAGACGUUGAAGCGAGCGGCGAUUUCCCAGGAGGGGAGUGGUGUUCCGGCUGAGUUGCAUACUGCGAGUCGAAUUGGAUCUGUCGAUGAAGUUGAAGGGACCAUCACGUUGGAGAAAGGCGAGGUGAUUCGUGGAGAUGUUGUCAUUGGAGCCGAUGGUGUGCACUCCGUUUCUCGGAACAGGAUCGCGCCGGAGACGAAACCUUUCAGCUGUGGCAAGAGUGCUUUCCGCUUCCUCAUAGCUCGGGAGGCCAUCAAAAGCGAUCCUCAGACAACGCAUCUGGUGGAAGAAGAAGGCGAGCUGAAAAUGUGGUAUGGCCAUGAUCGGAGGAUUGUGAUGUAUCCGACAUCGAACAACCAGCUGCUGAAUUUUGUUUGUAUUCAUCCCGCGGCGGAGUCGAAUGCGAGUUCGGGUUGGAAUACGGAAGCGAGUCUGGAGACGAUGUUGAAGGUCUAUGGCAAUUUCGAGCCAUCUUUGAUUGCGUUGAUAGCGAAAGCUGAUCCUAAGACACUCAAGGUCUGGACGCUGCUUGAUAUGGAUGAGAUUCCCAUCUGGUCGAAAGAGAAACUGGCGUUGAUUGGAGACGCGGCUCAUCCAUUCUUACCACAUCAGGGACAAGGAGCUGGGGCCGCUAUCGAAGACGCUGCUGCACUGUCAGUGGUAUUGCCAUUUGGAACGAGCAAAGAAGAUAUACCUGAACGUCUCCGACUAUACGAUACACUUCGCCACGAGCGGGCGACCAAGAUCCAAAAUUUCUCCAGAAUCAUCGGAGGAGAUGAUCUGCUCAAGAAGAAAGAAGUCAACAGUAAGCACCCUACCACGAUCCUCCACCAGCCAGAUUACUGACAAGAUAUUUCAGUACAAUCUUUCACGCUCUACAACUUUGGCCACGACGAAUUCGACUCCGCUAACCAGAAAUUCCGCGAAUACCUCUGGUCCAAGAUUCCCUACAAGUACAGUCGCAUGCCUAUAGCUUUCGGCCCUAUGCCUGGUCCUCGACAGACUCACUACGGCCAAGCCCGUCCAGGUGUCCAUUCGACUUUCACGACGGCAUCCAUCCGCUUCAAAACCUCACGUACUCUUCUCCAGAACCUUUUUCCACCGGGAAAAGCAGGCUAUCGAUUCAAGGAUCCUGCAGGAACCAUCGCCUAUGCUUCAUUCAGACAGAUAACCUUCAAUAAGAUGGAUUGGCUGGGUGGUGGAGGAUACAGUCAUCUGGGAUUGUAUAUCCAUGGAGUCGAAUACACACAUCCCGAAACCGGCAAAACAGUCAACGGAACGUAUAUGCCCAUCCUCUUCGAGAAUCUGGCAGAUCCUAUCCUUUCCGGACGCGAAGAAUUGGGGAUGCCGAAGGUGUACUCCGGUAUCGACGUUUUCCGGAGAGGAGAAGCGGGUUAUCACAUCCGCACUUCCUGGCAAGGAGUGAACUGGGGUUCCUUCUCCCUCUCAGAUCUCAAACUUCUAGAUCCAAGCGUGAGUGCGAGCGCUGUUCCAGAUGAUGGCGAUGGAAUCCUGGUGCAUCGAUACAUGCCAUCUGUAGGAAAGGAGAACAAGGCAAAGGCGGAAGCGGAUUAUGCCUGUUUUGACGCAUUCGCAGAGACGGAGCCAAAACCCAAGGUUUUCAAGAGUUGGGAGGCCGGGAGUGCAAAGCUGGAGAUAGAUGGAGGGGACUGGGCAUCUUUGCCGACAUUGCAUCAUGUUGUAGGCAGGCUGGCUGAGAUUCCGAUUUAUGAGGUCGUUGAGGCAAGAGUUGUCGAAGGGGCGGGCGUUAGUGAUGUCGCUGGAUGUACACGUGUUUGA